AUGAAAGUUUCUCAUGAAGGGAAAUUGAUCGCAGCCUUCUAUUUUGAUCAAAUCGAAGACUUCAUCGUGUACGUAUUGAAAAGAUGUUUUGUGUGGCAAGAGGAGUGGCUGCAAUAUCGUUGUGGUGAAGGAGGUGUGAAAGAGUUCUUGGGUUGCAUCACAGAAACGGGAAUAUUCAUUAGAAAUGGAGAUAUGAAAUUGGUGGAUGGUGCCUAUAUCCAGUGUAAGAAGCAUGAGGACGGUUCCGUGGUACUGCAAAGUGCUGGUAGACGAAAUAAUACUAAAUGCAAAGAUAGCGAAGGACAGGAGAGGGAAGAAGGUUCUGAUUGGAAAGAGGGAUCGCUACAAUUCAAAUGUGGUAAAGGAGGUGUGAAAAAUUUUAUGGGUUGCAUCACAAAAUCCGAAAGAUUUAUCCCAUAUGGAGAAGUGAAUUUGGUGAACGGCAAGCAUAUAAAAUGUGAAAAACUUGCGGAUGGUACCAUAAAGAUGAAUAUUGUUAGCAGAUCCAAAUGUUAUGCGAAGUGCAGAGAUAACGAAGGACGUGGGGUAACUGAAGGUUUCAAAUGGAGAGUGGGAUCACUACAGCUUAGGUGUGGUGAAAACGGUGUAGAGCUCAUGGGUUGUGUAACAUCACAUGGAAUCUUCAUUCCAAGUGGAGAAGUGAAGUCUGUGGACGGAUACAAUGUGAAAUGUGAAAGGUCUAUGGACGGCCUCGCAACGAUGAAGAUUGUUGGCCGAUCCACGUGCAUACGAAGUCGAUUUAAACAAACUCAAUUAAAACUCAAUUAA